GGAAUAGCACCUGAAUCCAAAUGCUCAGCCCAUGAGUAGAUCUAUCAAAGACUACAAAAAACUUCUUGAAUUUGAUUUCUAUCUGAACCAAAUUCCUCAUUUACCGAAUUUAUAUGCGUAUAGAAGCGUUUGAAAUGAUUAGGCUUGGUUUAACCGAGUGAGGUAUACUUAAGCUUGGAAUGAUGGAAAGUCAACCCGACGACAUAGAGGAGGGGCGAACGGGGCACGAGCGAAUCGAUAAACUUCAGCAAGCUUACACUUUAAUCCGACUUAUCCGCAACUCAAUUCAGCCUCACUAUCGUCCCUCUUCGAACAACCCGAACAUCCCUAGAACUCCUCUAAACCGUCUCGCACUGGCGUCCCCCGAUUCCCCUGGUACAACAUCCGACUCGACCGUCCUAUAUCUAGCGUACGGCGCGAACCUCUCCCAAGCCGCCCUCGACCGGCACGACGUCAAACCGAUAAGCCAAAUCAACGUAUCCGCGCCAGCUUUCGACCUCGCCUUCGACUUACCGGGCCUUCCUUACUGGGAACCGUGCUUCUCCAACCUCACCCCGCGCAAGAUCCCCAAGCCACCUAUUCCGGGCGAACCUCCCAUUCCACCAUUCGAUCCACCAAAACCUCCGUUUGACCCGCCGAGCCUACGAUCAGCGAAAUGUCCGGAAUCGUUAUUCCCGUCGCUUCCGCCAGGCGUCCCCUCGUGGAAUAAGGGUCUAUACGGCGUGGUCUACGAGCUAACGCGCGAUGACUACCGCAAAAUAGUCAGGGCGGAGGGCGGCGGGUCCGCGUACCAAGACAUCCUGACACCGGUCCUCGCGCUACCACCACCCCUCGGCAUCCCCGAGAAGCCUCCAAUACCGGAGCUGCCGAAACCGUUCAUAGCGCACACGCUCUAUGCGCCGCGGCUGCCUUCCCUCAAACCUCCCGGCGACGGCGACGGUAGCGAUAGCCUUAAUAACAACGAUGACGAUGACGAUCCGAGAGAUAAGAAGUGGUGGCAGAAGCUUCUCUUACCCGUCCACCGCCCCGACGGCUACGCACAGCCGAGUGCGCGUUACUUACAAUUGAUCCGCGACGGGGCGCACGAGCACUAUCUCCCGGACGACUACCAGCUCUACCUUGCGAAACUACAAUCCUACAAGAUCACGACAUGUCGGCAAGAGGUGGGGCGCUGGCUGUUCCUAUUAAUAUUCCUGCCGCUCUUCGUAUUGAUAAAACUUCUCGGCUAUUUCUUAGCCGAUAAAAAGAACGGCAAAGUUCCGAUAUGGCUGGGUGCUACAUCCGCCGUCUUGGCGAAUCUGCUAUGGAAAAUGUACGAUAUGAUUUUUAAGCCAUUAUUCGGGGACGGGGAGCGGACGAUAGAGGAUGACUCCGAAUCCAGGAGAAUAAGAAAUCUAGAUUUGAGAAGAGACACUUCUAGAUGGGGUAGCGAGAAAAAUGCGUUACUUGGAGAUUGGUAGCAUGACGACGUACUGUGAUGGUAGCUAUCAAUAUACGAUGAAUGAAUUUAAAAAGAUCUCUUUGUUUCUGAUCCGGGAUAUCAUGCUAUAAGACCCCGUCUAGCCUAUUGUCUACCUACCGCAGCCGAUCAUAAAUAAUGCACCAUUGAAACCGAUUGAUCGUUAUCAUU